AUGGCGCAGCCAAAGUACGUCCAAGAUGUGCUGAAGCGCUUCAAUAUGGAAGAUUGCAAGCCAGUCGCUACACCGAUAAAUCCUGCAGUGAAACUUUCGAAAGAGAUGAGCCCGACCACCGACGAAGAAAAGAAAGGGAUGAGCCAAAUUCCGUACAGAAAUCUCACUGGUUCUUUGAUGUACUUACCUACAAGUACACGCCCGGAUAUAGCUUACGCAGUGAGUGCACUCAGCCAAUUUAACGAAAAUCCAGGUGAAGAACAUUGGAAGGCUGCGAAACGAGUGCUACGUUAUUUGAAGAAAACCGAAAAGAUGGAAAUUGUCUUUAGUGAGACAGGUGAAAAAUUAAUCGGUUUCUCAGAUGCUGAUUGGGGUGCAAAUAUCGACGAUAGAAGAUCAUACACCGGCUACUUAUUCAAAUGGGCUGGUGGUGCGAUCAGCUGGUCAUCGAGAAAGCAGAGAACAGUGGCUAUGUCGAGUGCUGAAGCAGAGUACAUGGCUUUGUCAGAAGCAGCGAAGGAGACCAUCUAUCUAAGAAGAUUUCUAUCCGAAGUCAUGGGAAAGCUGAAAACAACAGUGAUUUUGUGCGACAAUCAAAGUGCCGAUUACAUUUGUCUGUUUGAUGUUGAAUAUGUGCUGGAAUCAGAGCUUCUUUUCUACAUCUGA